UAACAGAUAUACAAUGGGAUCUACCUGCUCUGCCUUUUUCUUUUUUCCUUUUGGUGGGAUUAUUAUUUCACUACAGUUGCAUUUCUUGAUAAUUCUUGUCCAUGGUUUCACUUACAUUUCAGGGUCAUAAAUGAUAUAUUUUCUAAAGUUGAGAAACAUAUAGCCAAUGACACCCUAAUAAGUGAAUUGAAGAUGAGCGCUCUCCCCAGCCUCUAUGACCAUUUUGUUAAGCUGAUUAAAUAUUUGGUUCGUAUCUGAAAUGUUUCAUAUUUCAUUACUGCCACAAACGAGCUUGGUUGUGUAAUCUAUAAAAGCCAAAUCUUUGUUUAAUCAUUUCAGAUGGACAAUAAACCUGAAGAAAAGGGAUCGGGUCAUCAUUCUAUUCCAAGACAUGCUGGAGGUUGUGAAUAGAGACAUAAUGGAGGAACAGUUUUCCAGUCUUUUGGAUUCAAGCCAUGGUGGUGGCCCUUAUGGAAGGUAUGAAGGGAUGACACCUCUUGAUCAACAAUAUCAGUUAUUUGCAUCCUCUGGACCAAUCAAAUUUCCACUACCUGAAUCAGAAGCAUGGAAAGAGAAGAUCAAAAGGCUAUAUCUGUUGCUCACUGUGAAGGAAUCUGCAAUGGAUGUACCAUCCAACCUAGAAGCCUGAAGGCAAAUUUCUUUCUUCUCAAAUUCUUUGUUCAUGGAUAUG